CUCCGCAGAGAACAAACCGACCACAUUAUUCAGACAGUUAUACCUGAGCGUGAAGCUAGAACGUGUAGGUGUUAGGAGUGAUCAUGUCGCAGAAAUUCUUGUUACCUGAACGCGUUAGACGCGAGCUUGAGGACUACUUGGUUCGGGAACAUGGCAUCAAAGAUGUCGACUUUAAGAUAGAACGCGCUUCAACAAAUGGUGAUAAUUUUUCAAGUGAUAUUUACCGGGUAAUCGUGAUUAGUGGCGAGAAUGAAAACUGCAAUAGUCCUGAACAGAGUCCACGAAGCAAGGUGCAGCCGUUUAGGUUCAUUUUGAAAACAUCUCCCACUGUUGAGAUUCGAAGGCAAAUGUUCAACACGACAAAGCAAUUUUUUUAUGAGCAUUACAUGUAUACAGUUGUGCUCCCGGCUUUGCGUGCAUUCCAGCUUCAACGGCUCCCUGAACAUGAGAUUUUCGACAACUACCCAAAAAUGAUAUCCGGUACUUUGGAUUUUAUGCAAGAAUACAUCGUGCUUGAAGACAUGUCUACAAAGGGCUUUGGAAAUGUUAAUCGCUCGACACCUCUAAAAUUCGAGGAAUGCGAGGCUGUUUUCAAGGCUUUGGCGAAACUGCACGCAGUUUCCUUCGCUUACAAAGAUCAGAAUCCUUCAGAACUUAAGAAACUUGUCGAACCCCUUGAAGAGAUCGUGUUCAAGACCCCUUUACAAGAAGAUUUUGAUAAUUUCCUACGUCAUAAAAUCGUCGUCGCUAUAACGACCCUGAAUGAGAACGAAGAACACAUCAAAGGACCUAUAUUGGAGUUUCAAAAGAUAUUCGGCAAAUCGAUGAUUGAAUGUACCAGUGAAAAAACGCAUGCUGCGAUACUGCACGGAGACUGUUGGAUCAGCAAUUUGUUGUUUCGGAAGGAGGAUACUCCUCCAAAACUGGAUAUCACUUUCUUGGACUGGCAAAUUGGAAGGUAUGGGACCCCCAUCAUCGACCUUUCUUAUUUCAUAUUUUGCUGCACCGACAACGAGCUUAGAAAGCGCUUACCAGAGCUAUUGGAAAUCUACUACCAAGCGCUUGCGCAGCGGAUAUCAGCUCUAGGUACUGACGCCAAUGUUGCCUUUCCCUACGCUACUUUUAAGAGUCACGUAAAGAAAUACAUGAAAUUCGGUUUUGGUAUGGCUUUGAUGUCCCUUCACACUAUCUCCUGCGAUCCAAACGAAAUGCCGGAUGUGACCGACGUCCUAGAUAACAUAGAGGAUUUUGGAGAGUUCAACAAAAUUGCAAACAUGCUAAGUGAGAGGAGUGCCUACAAGGAACGGAUGGCUGGUGUUUGCAGAGAUAUAGUUGAAUUUGGAUAUGUUUAGUGUUAAUUUCAGAGGAACCGUUUUCCAAGCAUUUGAGGCUUCAUUGAAUUGUUGUAAUGGCGCACAGUGUAGUAUUAUUGUUGUUGUGUUUCAUUUUAAAGUGUCCACGAUUUACGUUAAAUGUCGAAACUAUGUGUUAUAUUUUCAGUCUUCCUUGGAGUCCCUUGUAAAUUGUAACUAUGUAAUGUACUUAUUCCAUUUUUAUUGAGCUCCAAAUAAAGGAUAGAAAACUGAGA